UGCGAUCGCACGAUCCUGCCCGUGAGCAAUCUCCCAACUCAUCUCUGUUCAUGAACCGGUUGCGAGAUCACUGUUAUGUGCUGCUCCUUGCGGAAUUCUGGGCCAAACAAUACACGUACGGCAGGUAACGAUCGCUGUACCUGAGAAACCAAAGAUAAUUUUGUAAUAUUCAUAUUUAUGAAAAAAUGUGAUAACCGACGUUGCCAUCAUUAUACAGGCUUUUCAGUGGUGACGUCGGAGGGCGCUGUAGGGAUGACCGCGUUGCGCCUGCGGCUGCGUUCACUCAGUUACGAUCACGAAGCCAGCGCUGAGUAGCAUCGUUGAAGGAUUCUUAGUGCUCUUAAUCGUAUGUUCAUCUUUUACAUGGAGAUAAGGAGGAAAAGAAGCCAAUACUUUAGUCAGUAGCCGUUGGACACUGUCAAAGUGAUCGAAGUGGAGCCAUCAGUCGAGUUUUGGUCGGUUGAAUCAAUCGAAGGCCUACUUGGAUCUAGCGAUAUCAGCCGCGAGCGAGGCGCCACUAGCGCGCUCUGUGGUAAUAAUCGUUAAACCAUUCUGGCCAAACGGCGCAGCGUGAUUCUCGCUGCGAGAAAAAAUUGAGGUUUUUUUUGGAGUGUUUAUGUUCAUCGAUAAGUUGAUGUUAUUGCAAGUAUUACAAAGUCUUGAUGUAGCGGAUUACAAGGGCGAUUCCGAAAGGACCACUUUUGGUGGAAAUCAUGAUCAUAUGGAGUAUCCAAAGGCUUUGUAGAGGGUCUUGUGAUUUGGAUAUUUUAAUGGGCUUACCAAAAUGGAUAUUGUUAGUGGCUAAAGUAAAGCCUUUUCUACUACAAAUGUUAAAUUAUUCCCAUUAAUGAUCUGUUAAGAUAGAGCUGCAACUUUUCCUUAUCGGAUUAUAGAUCAAAUGUAACCUAGUUCAUAGCAUAACUAGGCAGUGUAAAUGGAAUUUAUAAUACCAUUGCAAAGUGUUUGCCAUUGCAUUGUAUCAAAACAGAAUUAACGUUGUAAUGGAAAAAUGCGCAAUUUGAAACAUGCUUGCUGUCUAGAGGAAGUAGACUAAUGAUCAAUGUAUGCCCCAUUUCACAAUUCAAUUUUGUUCAAGGUUUAGCAUGAUUCAACGUUUUUUGAUUCCGUGGAGGAACGAGAAUCGUUGAGGACUUUGGUAAUUCAUUAUCAAGAGGAAAGGUGCCCUUCGGAGUAGGAAAAUGGAAAUCGACAUAACUGCUAAUUCCGGUUUACAAUCACUUCCACCAAGGCUACGUAAAAAUAAAAGACUACAGUACAGAUGGGGUGUGAAGUAUUAUGCAGCUGUCAGAGAGACUGUUUUUUCAAUGCGAAGUUCUCCAUAUAUGCCUGCCGAACCUCCUCCAGGUUUACGAGAAGAAGGUGUUGACAGUGAACCUUUAUAUGUCUGUAAACAAUGCAGAGACUGCUUUCGAUUUCGCAGUAGUUUCGAGGACCACAAUAAUCGACGCAGUUGGAUCCUGGGUUACUGGUGUCACAAUUGUUUUGUGACUGUCUGCACGCACACUCCAGAAAAUAAUGUGCUCUGUGCUGCUUGCAUCACCUCUGAUAUAGAAAAGAAAAGUUUUUUACGAGCAAAAGGCUUAAAGAAAGGUCAGAAAAAGGGGGCUAUUAAAAUUUUUCACAAUCAAUGCCAGUUUUUCGCGCAUCUUAAGAUGCACGACACUCACAUGGUAGACAUGGCUGAUGUCAUGUUAAUGCCUAUACCGAGUGACGUAGAUAGGGAGCAUUACAGCGACCUAGACAAAGUUUGUGAGAUACUCAUGGAGCAUAUGUUCAUUUCCCGCAUACACAUUUUGGACUGGUUGAGACGGAAGCAUAUCGACGGUCACUGGUGGAAAUUGAUACACGCAGAAACCGUCAGCAAAGACAAUCCCUUGGUGAACAUUAUAAAAAUUUUUAAAGAGAGACAGCGUAUCAAGCAUCUCCAGCUUAGAAAGAUACAGACACCUCCCACGAUUACUCCCAAAUUAAAUUUUAACCAAACAAGUAGCAGUUCUCGCGUCGAGUCUUCGUGCCCGGACGUCGAAAUAAUCUCAGUAAAUCCGAGGAAUAGUACCUGCACAUUUCCAGAAAAUAAGGAUACAGUAGAUGGAGGUGCAUGCUCCUCAACAGUGGGUGAUAACACCGAUCCACUCGAGUCGACAGGUCUCGGUGAAGAAUCUUGUCCCAGGACCGAUAUCGCGUUCGUUGAUUGCGGCCCAACUGCAAGGCUCUGCAAUGAGCCUUUCAUAGUCAGGAAAUCGAAUGACUUCGAUCAAGGAUUUAACAAAACGAGUAUCGAUGAAGGAAGGUUGACUGACGAGCCUGAAGUAGAACAGAGUGUAAAAGAUGAAGGACUAGCUAAGCAAGGAAGCGUCGAAACGUCGCUAAGUCGAAUAUCGAGUACCCCAAGCUCGGUGAAUCUAUCAGGGAAUUUCGUUUGCUUACCGAAGAUAUCAGUAAAGACUUUCGCUACUGAGCGUCCAUCGACUCGUAACAAGUCGUUGCUGUGGAGGGACUUCUCGCGCCACUACGAAUUGCAGAAGCAACUAGAUAAGGAAACCUCUGUUAAUACAAUCGUUAAUCAACCGAGGGCAGUAAAACCCUCAUUACCCUUAGCGUUGACCAAUUCGGAGCAGACUGGUAUUCGAGCUAACUCUGGGAAGGCCAAUUCUAGGAUUUUAACGGUACAUAGUCCUAAAAGUAUCAACAUUUCUACUAUAAUAAGUCAGCUUCCUCCUGAGGUUAUCAACAGUAAAAAAAUAGUCUUCAUCGGACAAGACCCAGAGGGUGGACCCGUGCAUGCUACGUCCGUCACGAGUACGCAAAAGGUACACUUGAAGAAAGACUUAGAUUCGAAAGUAUUGAAAACUAUUCCAUUAAAGGUGACUCUUCCUGGGACAGUAUCAGGCAUAGCCAACGAGCAGAUGAAAAAUGUGCCUAUGCAGAAAAUGCUCCCGGAGCCUGUAUCCAUCACCAGUUCCCAGAUUUCUCUAGAUGGUAAAAUCGUAUAUCAAAACGGCAGGAAGUACAUAAUACGGCAAACGCAAAAAAAUAAUAAUAUGAUAAAGGCAUCAGAUAAACCUACCGAUAAAUUAACCACGAACGCUUCGAAAUUCAGGUCUAUAGCACCAAAGACGAUACCUAGCCUUGCAUUACCGAGUGCUGUAUCGUCUGUCUCCAAAUCUGCCGUAUUCGGUUCCAAUUCGCAAUCGAAACCACCGAUACUGACUUGCGUGCCUAAAUUAGUUCCAUCCAAUGUGUCUACGGUAUUAGAAAAAGCUGCAGCCGUGCUGAAGCGAGCCGAGGAGACUGUAGAGUACUUCUGGAUCGAACCAGAUUCGAAGGGUCGGCAUUUCUUGGUUUCAUCGACCACUACCACAGUACAAAAGAGAAAUAAUAAGUUUCCCGGUGCCCAAGUGAUCUUCCCGAAAUUCAAGCAGCAAAUGCUGGACGAUCUGUUACACCUAGGCAAGCCCGAAGUGGAGAGAAGAUUGAAAGCCUUGAGAUAUACUCAAAACGAAUAUAAGAAGGUAAUAGGAGUGCACGACAAUUUUGUAACCCGAGACAACAUGGUCAUGAUUAAAUUGUUAGAGGAUGCUAUGAAGAUCUCGUCUCCUUGGGUUGCGGGAGAGAGUGGACACGCGGAUACUCUGGAGGAUAUAUUUAACCAAACGAUGCGAAAGUGGGAGCUGGAUUUCAACAGGGGGAAGGCUCUGAUCUGUUCGAGGUGCACCAAGAUUAUAAAGCCUAAGUCUUAUAUAGUGGGAUUGUCGGAGACAGCGAAGGACGAGGCCAGGUAUUGCGAAUGCUACAACUACAAAUGUCCCGAGUGUGGGAAUUAUCAGGGGAGCGUGCCCAGAUUCACUAGCCAUCUGAAAUUUCACAAGAGAAUGGAGCCGCAUAUGUGUCCGGAGUGCUAUAGGCUAUUUUCAACCCACCGGAAACUGGAGCUCCACACGUGGACGACGUGCGUCCACCCAUUGAUUCGGAGAUGGUAUGGUUGCAAAGUGUGCGACGUAGAGGGGUUCCUUUGCUUGGAAGACGUCACUAGGCAUUUCGCGGCCAUGCACAGCGAAAAGAAGGUAGCGUGCCCCAAAUGUCGCAUGGUCUUGAAUACCUUGAAGUCCUUCAAGGAACACGUUAAAGAGAAUCAUCCCGAUUCCCGAGAAAUACUGGAUCUGAUCUGGCUAAUGGUUUGCACCGUAGGUCAAUGUAUAGUUCAGCCAAAACACUACAGGCUACACAUGGAUAAUCAUAUUGGCGUAGCCAAGCUGCUCUAUUAUAAGUGUCCAUUCUGCCCCCUGCUUUUGAAAGAAGCUAAUCGAGGCAGAGAGGAAAUCAAGACGCACAUGUUCAUGACCCAUCUCGAUCGUUUGACGGAGGUCAUCAGUCCGGAGACCCUCUCUGACAUCAUGAUAGGCAAACCAUCGGAAAGGGCCUUUGACGAAUUGGCACCCCAGGAUGCCCACGAUGUCCAGUCAUUUUUGAGCUCGAGCUUUAUCGGCUUUGACCCUCAAAAUCCAAAAAGUGAACUGACUACCGAGCUCAUGGAAUCACCUUCCGUGGUAGUACCUAAAAUCGUCAACACUCGCACGAUCUCGCCGGAAGUUUUCGAACGUUGUUCCGAUAAUUCCGAUCAGGCUACUGCUGAUUACCUGAGCGCAAUGCUUACGAAAAAGUCUUUUAAGGGCGGCAUGGAGUGCAGCGUCUGGUCUAUUAACUUGGACGGCUCUAGUUUACCUAGUAUUAUCGAUGUCAGGUCCGAGGCUCCGGAGAAGUUGCUUCCGAAAAUAUUGGACGUUAGGUCAAUAGCAGACGAUAAAAUCGAUGAAGAGUCUGCCGAUUCUAACGAGGGCCACUCGGAGACGAGGAAGUGGACGGAGAUGUUGGAUGUCACUGCCAUCUCGAAGACGAUAUCGGACAGCGAAAUGAUCUCCAGUGACCAUCAAACUAAUCGGGAUAAACUCGAAGAGGAAGAGCGAGGGUCUAAGAUCACUGACAAGAGCUCGGGGAAAAGUGCCUCGAGUGAAAAGCGAAGUCGUGGUUCCUCGAAAGUCUGUAAAAUCUCAUCUGCAUCCGAAUCGGCUGCCGAGUCACCGAAGUCAUUGAGAUCUAAGGUCCAAGAAGCUAAUAGUACAAAGUUGACGUCAAAAGUCCCAAGGGUACUUAGAGCCACGAGGUCAGGACCUGCCAAGAGGAGAUCUAUGGCCAAAAUUAGUACCUUUCAGGGAAGUGGAGAAAAGUCUUCGAGAAAGGGCUUCCAGAAUUUUAAAGACGAGAAGGAACCAGCCGUGUCGAUUUCGGAGAAAACGAAUACGGAUCAUUCGUCGAAACAACAGAUAGAUCUGUCGCUCAUUAAACCGGUGACAACGUUGAAGUCGAGGAUCACACCUCGAAAGAUACAUUCGCUUACUUCGUUGUCCUCUCCGACCCCUCUAAAAACUCGGUUCCACGGUAAGACUGCAAACAACGCGUUGACGACUGCCGCGCGAAAGCGCAAUAAGUUGCGGAAAAAUUUAGGGAAAGUGGAAUCCAGUGACCACGAUGAUUUGUUGAAGCCAGACGUGAUACUCAGACGGGGGUCGACCCUUAAAGAAUUCAAAGAUGUUAUUGAAAAUGGCUGCGAUGAUCGCAAAGAUUUAUUGAAGACGGACGAAGUGCUCAGGAUCGUCAAGAACGAUUUCAGAACGAUGUCCAAGGACAUCGGUCCGCCUCCACCAUUGGCGAGGAUCCCUCAGCACCUUUUGGGGGAGCCCGCGAUUUCCCCAACAACAGACGCGAGCAUUGAGAAACAAGAAAGGAGGGAAUCGUUCUCGUCGGAAACGAUGCUGUCGGUCCGAAAAAGAAGACACGGAGAGGUCUGGAGGAUCGCUCUGAACGGCCCCACGACAACUCGCACACUCCCGCAGAAAUUCAGGUGUCAUCUCUGCGGGGAGCUGAUCAAUACAGCUUGGAACGUUGUCCGAAGUCACUUCAGUUCUAAGCAUUCUUGGGAUUAUCAGCUGGCCAUUGUACAGCCGCGGUUGCUGAAAAUGUCCAAGGAGUUUAUAGAAGGAGGGUACAGGGAAGUGUCCGGCAGCAGGAAGCGGAAGUCAGAGGGGUCCUCUAGUCCACCGAAGAGACGUCGACGGUGGACGCCGAAGAAGCACGUAGAGAGGACCAGCCACACGGGGCUGGGACUCUUCGUCAAGCAGGAAUCUGUUCAGGAUGGCGAGGGCAACUUCAAGUGCAAAAAAUGUGAUCUGAAAUGCGAGAACAUGACCGACCUGAGGCAACACAUUGCCAGCAGUCACAGGAUCAAGGAGCGCUAUCUGAUCUGCCUGGAGUGCGGGGAGAACUUUGUGGUUGCACCUAGCUUGCAGAUGCAUCUCAAAGCCUUCCACGGGAUAGAGGAUCCUAAUAGUUAUCUUAUAAAAAAUACUGCUUACGCUCCCGAUGUGAUCGACGAGUCGGAGGCCAAAACUACCGUGUCCAAUCAGUGCCACGUCUGCAAGGCUGUCUUCGAAGACAAGGCUGCCGUUGAUAAGCACCUCAGGGUGCACGGGAUGGCGUUUCUUAACCGUAAGAGAAUAGAGGCACGGAAUGCUCUUAGGUGCUCGGAAAAGAAACCUAGAUUAGAAGGCACCGAGGAUGCAGAAACGGAAACAAAAGACGGCGACUCGCAGAUCUCUUCCGCCCUGCAGGAAGACGAGCAAAGCUCAAAGCAAUCCGAGGAAUUGGCCGAUACCUCAAAAAAAUGAAAUGAUCAUUCCUCAGGUGUUGAGAACAGUUUGAGGCAACGAAUCGAGUUAGGAUCUGAUACAGAGACUAUCCGGCUCGGCAUGACGAACGUGCGUCGGUCUUUUAAUAGCUUGCAUUUAAAGCUGUUGGAGAUCCCACGUAUUUUAAUACUCCCUGUAAAAUCAUUGUAAAUCGUCAACCUUCGUCACGAGUCAGUGAUCGAAUCUCGCGUUAGUACGUUAUGAGUACGUAUAGUACGGAAUUUUAAAUUCAUCUACUUUAAAACGAGCCCGAUUGAUGCGAAGCUCUAUUUUUCAACGUUUAGCGGUGACUCUUGAAAAAUGCAAAUUUCCUUCCGUUGCGGUUGCUGCCAGGAAGGUAGAAAAAACAAUUCCUGAAGAUAGUCGCGUCGUUUAUGCCAAGCGAGAAUUUGUACAAAGAACGUAUUUCGGGUGAAAAAUUACUGUGACGUUUCUUCUGCGGUUUUGAAGGAAGUCUCCAAUUAGUGACGUCGCUACAAUCAACUCGCAGACCUUGACAUGCAGAUGUUAAGCGGUGUAAAUAAUUUAUUAAUAUUUAGAGAAGUUAACUCUUUUUGUAACGCGCUGGUUAUUGUAUAUCGCUACGCGAUCGCUGUAUAUUAGGUAUGACUGAAUAAAAGAAGAAAAAAUAGUUUUAAUCGGGUUACUCAUGCCUGGCGACAAAGAGUGCGAAGUUACCGUCUCGUAUAGUCGAUAGCGAUGCUCAAAAAUUCAAGGAACAACCCAAAACCAAGGAACACAACAUUAAUAAU